AUGUCUACCUCUAAUAUCUCUGCGUCAUUUCAUUUCUCCCGCCAGGACUUGAAGUCCCAGCCGGCUGUGCCGCAGCGGAGAAUCAGUUUUGACGACCUUUACGAUGCGACUGAUGAAUCGACGGAUGAUUCGGAUGUGGAUGGCUGCCCUUCACUCUCCAGCCACGGCGAUACUCGCUCCAGCACUGCAUCGUACACAAACUCUUCAAACCGCAUGUCGACAGGAACAAAUCAGGGCGAAGGGCGCCGCAAUAGGUAUCCCGUCAUCAUGAUUCCGCCACCGACUUUUAACACCAUUCACCAGCAGCACAAGAAUUCGCCUGUGCCUCCCACUCCUCCGCCGAAAAUUCCCCUGUCGCCCAUGGUACUGUCUCGAAUUUCUGGAGUUGUUCCGGCUCUUUAUGCACCUCCAUCUUUGGCUGGCAGCGCAGCUUCCGAAAGACCAUCGACCCUUAGUGCACCCCAGACUCCAGAUUUAGCUGCUGUACCUGAUGUGGAUUGGGAUGAAGAACAACUUCGUGUUCAGUCAGACACCGAGGGAACCGGAAACCCUAGAUCAGCGAGUUCUGAUAUGAGUCCUCAGAUCGACAUCCAGCUUGAACAACCUGAAGAUUGGAGUCUGGUUCUGGAUCGUUUCCCUCAAAUUCCAACUCAUUAUCCUGUUGUAAAAGCCCCCGAGAGCGAGGGCGAGGCGGGAUACGAAAGUGAGGCAUCUUUGGAAGGCGUUCAACUCUCGUCUGCUGCCAUGGAAACGCUUCAGCAUAUCCGAGUUCCUGGAGAGGAUAGUAACGCUUCAUCUGCCUCUUCCGUCAACGACCCGUCGGAAAUGAACCAAUUCACUGGAUUCCCGGAUGCUCGCCCUAAGAGCAUGAACGACGCUGCCUGUGCUUCCGUCAGCUCAGCCUCCUCCUUCACAAGUUUAAGCAUCCCAUCGCCUGGUGGAUUCUUUUCAUCCCUUGAUCGACACGCUCGAAAAACAUGGAGUUUGGUUCCAACUAGCAAUGUUCCCACAUCCGCUGUUGCGGAAAGAUUCUAUGAUCUACCAUGGAACGCUCAUCCUCAGGGCCGCGUUAUUGAACAGGUAGUGGAAUUUCGAAACAGUUAUGCGGAUGACGACGAUGAUGCCACCGAGGGUCCUCCAACUGCCAAGCGGAUAAUUGGCUCUGCUCCACAAACUGCACGAAAAAUCCCUGAGGAAGUUUCCGAAUUGGUGCUGAAACUCGACAUUGACGAGAAGAAGCAAGACGAUGCGUCCGAGUAUGAUGAAUCAUACGAGGAAGGUCUGCAGACCCGCGCAAUGCAGAGCCUGGAUCGUACCAGCACAUGGCUAGCCGCGCAAACUCAAUACAUGGCAGCAUUGAGCGACACAAACCCCAUCAACAGUCCAAAGGAGACACCGGUCACUCCUAUCAAUGAAAAUACCACCACUGUGCCGGAUAUAACUAUCAGCACUACAAAAACGGUCCGCUUCCUUGACACCAUCCCUGAGGAAUCCUCCGAGAGCCAAUCGGGCCCAUCAACUCCGCUCCCACCUCUUCCAGUUGCAAUGAAUUCAAUCUUUUACCGCGGGUUUCAACAUUUCAUGCGCACACGGGGUAAGAGUUGCAACUUGGAUACUUUCCUUCAUAGCCAUUACCGAUAUGAGGCAAUGCAAGUUUCUCGCCUAGCCAUGCGCGAGAAGCAUGUAAAAAAGCUCGCUGGCAAAUAUGAGCUUGAGAAUCCCGUUCGCCCGCCCUACAAAGGUCCAUUCUCGCAAGCUCCUCGAAACUCUGUCCUCCCCCAAAUAAUUGCUGAAAAGAAGAUGUACAACGAUGUGGAAAAGGAACAGGAUGCCCUGCUGCAAGUUAAGGAUUCCCUUUGGGUGAUUGAUGCUCUCAGGUAUAUCAAUGGCGGCAGGUUGAUCCCUAGUCCUGCUGCAAAGCGUCUUGCAAAGACAAAUUUACCCCUAGGUGGCCCGCAGAGCUCUGUCAAGCGCAGAACCAGGGUACUUGAUCUAGGAGGCCAAGCUUCUUGUGAAUGGUCUUGGUUUGUCGCACGAGAGUUUCCCAGCGUUAGGGUUUACACGGUCGUGACCAAAAAGCAAUCAAGGGAUAUGGCCAUCCAAGGCCCACCAAAUCAUCAAUGCGUGUUAGCUCCAAGCCUUUGGAAACUUCCAUUCCCUGACAAUCACUUCGACUUGAUUUCUGCCCGAACACUUCAUAUGCUCCUUCAGUCAACUCGCAAUAUCUUGGUAAAUGGCGAAAAGGUAGACGAAUUUGAACUUUGCUUGCAGGAGUGUUUCAGGUGCCUAAAACCCAGGGGCUAUCUGGAGUUCUUCCUCAUGGAUUCGGACAUUGUCCGUGCCGGUCCAUAUAGUUCUGCCACUUCUGUCGAGUUUGCCUUCAACCUGAAGACUCGUGGGUAUGAUCCGAACCCCACAAAAACAUUCCUCUGGAAACUAAAGAAGUCAAACUUCGGUGCCAUAAAGCGUGCAUGGCUCUUCAUGCCAAUGGGUACAGCUCUAAGUGAUGCCUCUCAAGUCCCUGGCAGCAGGAACAUGGAAAGAGGCAGUGAUAUAGGAAGCACUGCUGAUGUUGCGAACAUCACUGGGUUACUCGUGGGGUGGAUGUGGGAGCAGUGGGUGCUGAAGUUGCAGAUGGAGAUGGGCCGUGAUGAGAAGAGGUUGAGGAGAUGA